GUUCCAAAAUGGAACGAAUAUAUAUCUUCUUGGGAUUAUUUUCCUUUGUCUUCUUUUUGGAGGCGAUCGGAGGAAGUUAUAUAAACUCUGCAGUGCAAAACAUUGAACGGCAAUUUCAAAUGUCAUCCAGAACAUCUGGCUUCAUGAUUUCUGCUAGUGAUUUUGGCUACAUUCCAUGUGUGGUUUUUAUCGCUCACUUUGGGUCUAAAGGAAACCGAGCUCGCUGGAUUGGAGCCGGAGCAAUUCUUGUGUCGAUCACAUAUCUGAUGUUGGCAUCGCCCAAUUUUCUAUUCCCGCAAGGACAUCAUGAUAUCAACACUACAGAAGUUUCGGCGAAGUUGAAACCAACAGCUGGACAAUUGGCCUCCAAUUCCACAUUGAAACAACUUUUGUCUUAUCAACUGAUUCGUGACCGGAUGCCACAUGAUACCUAUAUGUCGUUGAUAAAUUUAGAAGACGACACUACACCUAUAGAAGAAUAUCAGCCCAUUGGAAGACCACCUAAAAUUGGACAAGGACAAUCUGGGAACAGUACUUAUACGAUUGAUGGGUGGUUAUUUAAUGAAGCUUUGGUGGCUGCUGAAAAUUUAAUAGCUAACAAUACUAGCCAGAAUACAUUGCGAAGCUCAUUAUCAUUGUUCAUUCAUAGAAGAACGAAUACUUCAACAAAGGAUAUUCAAAAAAUUCGAAUUAGUGCGGCUGCGCCGUUUACGUUUUGUGGAAAGCUUACUAAUUCGUUAAGAGCUGUCAUCAAGGAUUCAAAGUGCAAGGAACAAACUUCCAACAGCUAUCCGUUUUUGGUAUUCUUCUUUUCUCUUCUGCUUCUUGGAAUUGGAAGGACUGUCCCAUGGAGUCUUGGAGUACCACUUUUAGACGAUAACAUUAAGAAGAAGAGUCUUCCAGCUUAUUUUGGAGCGAUUUCUUCGAUUCGUGUGCUAGGUCCAAUUUGUGGGUAUAUGAUCGGAAGUUUCUGCAACAAAUUCUACUACACCUUAAACCCUCCAAAUGGCUUGACACCAGCUGAUCCAACUUGGAUUGGAGCAUGGUGGAUGGGUUUUUUGUUCAUUGGAAGUAUCGCCUUAUUCCCAUCCACUAUGUUAUUUUUCUUCCCACAAGGAAAGGAAGGUGAUGGUUCCGCAGUUCAACUUCGGGAUGUUCACAAAGAAAAGUUAAAGAAAUCAGUGGAUGAAGACAGAACAAUCACAAUGAAACUGAAAGAUUUUGCAAAAUCUUGCAAAAAGGUUUUGAGCACGAAAAUAUACAUGGGAAGUGUCUUAGGCCGAGUUUGUGACGUCCUGGCUUUCAAAGGAUACAUUGUAUUUUUGCCUAAAUAUUUGGAGAACCACUUUGGAAUUCCACAAUACUUGGUGCAUCGUUACAUGGCAAUGUUUGGAGUCUUCGGGUUUGGCUUGGGAGUGGCAACCGGUGGCUAUGUAACGAAAAAACUGAAAUUGAACGGAAGACGUGCAGCCAUGUUUGUUAUGCUUAUGUCUACGCUCAAUGUUUGUUUGUAUUCUGGAAAAAUAUUUAUUGGGUGCGAAUCAAUUGUCAAUUCAAUUGGUUCAAAUAACAGGCAAACUAACUACAAUUUCACUCGAGAGUGCAAUUCACAAUGUUCGUGCGAAAACGCUCGUUUAUAUCCAGUUUGCGAUCAAACAGGUUUUGCAUACUUCUCUCCUUGCCAUGCUGGAUGUCGUGAAGCUAUGCAAUACGGAUCUGAUCCUGUCCUAGAUUUCACAUCUUGCCAAUGUGCUCCAGGAGGUGUUGUGAGCAAGAAAUUCUGCGAAAACACCUGCAAAACGAGUUCCGUCAUUUUCUUUUUGACCGUUCUCCCUGGAUCGUUUGUAGCUGGUUUGGGAGUUGUUCCAGCUAUGUUAAUUCUUUUGAGGUCCGUACCACCAGAGACUCGAUCACUGUCCCUUGGGCUCCAAGGUAUGGCGGUAUCAUUAUUCGGUACUCUUCCAUCACCAAUUCUUUGGGGUCUUGUAAUUGAUGCUGCUUGUCUCGUUUGGGACAAAGCUUGUAAUGGAGCCCGUGGCUCUUGCUCGAUCUAUCAUCCAGACCGUCUUAGAGUCUGGAUGCAUUUGUUAUACGUUGUUAUUCGAACAGUUGCUCUCAUAACAGAUGUCUACGUGUGGAAACAUGCGAAAAAUUUGAAUAUCAUGGAUGAACCGGUUAGCGAAGAAAAAGACAACAUUCGUAGAAAUUCGAUAAAAAUGCAAGCGGUUCAACCCGACCAAUAACUGAUCUUAACUGAAACUCAUACUUGUCAUCAAAUAAUUUUAUUUGCCUUUGAUCUGAUACUGGUAUAAUUGUUCAUUUCAUUCAUUUCCUAAAAGAGAUAUAGUCAUUUUUUGUUUGUUUGUAUUGUUUUUUUUUUCAGCUCAUAAUAAAUGUUUGUUUC